AUGAUCUCAGCUAAAGAAAAUGUUGGUCUGCAGAAGAAUGGGAUUGUGACGCGUUCUAGAUCAGCACUGGGCGACAUAAAAAAUAAGGGUUUUGGAGUGCAUAACAAAGAAGCAGGAACCAACGCGAAUGCGAAAAAGGGUCCAGUUGGUGUUUCUAGUAAGUCUUCUCGCUUUUUAACUGUCGAAGAACCCCAAAAAUCAUGUGAUAUGAGCAUUGAUGAGGGCGCCCCCAAAGGCAUUAUCCCACCACAAUCGCCUGUGCAAUCUGAACUCAAGACGUUCCGUAGUGGCCGUCACGCCAUACGGAGUCGUUUCCUUGUGCAAGAAAGUGGAAAAAAGUAUCUGGAUUACGAGAAUGAGGAUUUUGGUGAUUCGGCAACCGUCUAUCCCUAUGCCGAGGCUAUAUUCAAUUACCUACAAAACCGGGAACUUGCCGUUCAGCCGAUGCAUCGGGAUUUUAUUAGCGCUGAUGGGGAGGUGAAUCCUCGGAUGCGUUAUAUUCUUAUUAAUUGGCUCGUCCAAAUACAUCACAGUUACAAAUUGCAACCAGAAACUCUGUAUUUGUGCAUUGCUAUCCUCGACCGUUACCUCAUGAAGCAUAGUAAGGAGUUGACUAAGGACUGUUUCCAGCUGAUUGGAAUCGCAUCACUCUUCAUUGCCGCCAAGUUUGAGGAGAUGUACCCUCCAGACAUAAGUGAUUUCACGGCGGUGACCCAUAAUGCGUUCAAUAAAAGUGACAUCAGAAACUGCGAGCAGACGAUUCUUCAGUCGAUUGAUUUUUAUCUGUCCAUUCCAAUCCCUCUAGUUUAUCUCCGCAGGUUGUCUAGGGCCGUAGAUGCCGACCGUACGAUGCACAAUCUCGCCAAAUACCUCUUAGAGCUCACAAUACAAGAGUACGACCUUGCACAUUUAAACGGCAACAUGCGCGCAGUUGUUGCACUGUGUCUUUCUCGUGCACUGUGUUUCCAGACAUCAAACCUGGAGGACGCCUGGUGUGAUGCCAUGUCCUAUCUUAGCGGAUAUACCGUUGACGAAGUACGAGAGCCCCUAAAAAUACUUGCAAGAGCAGCGUACCGACAAAAUUCUCCUUCCAAAUACAGGGCUAUUUUUGAAAAAUACCGUUUGGAUGAUUUCUACGGUCGCGUAGCAACGCUUCCACAACUUCGUUCCUGUUUGAUGGAGACCUUAGCGGAUUUGAAAUUCGACAGCGAUGGGGAAUUAAAUACUGCAUGA